UCCUCGCAGCGGUAGCAGCAGCUUGGCAGGCCUCGCUCGCUCGCUCUCCCUUUUUCCCGGCUCUGUGUUUCUGGCGGGCUUUACUUUGCGGCAUUAGCGCAAGGACUAGACCCUUCUUUUUAGCAAUUUCCGUUUGACUAUUUUUCGUAGUCGUUGAAUGUGGUGAAAACCUUUUGGCCGAUCCGUGCGGCGUGUAAGAAAGAUUGGUGUAGACCCGGGAGCUUUGCGACACAACACCAAACCUAGACGUCUCGUUCCGUGGGAUGGUAGACGAGUGGGAUCUUUACGACAUCAGUUUCCGGUCGCGCAGACGUCUGAUCUUGAGUUUUCUCCGAGUCAGGUUUCUCAGCAGGGGAGCUUAAAUUCUAUUUGGUGCGACUGCAUGCUCUUCUUUUAGAGCACCGAGAUAGACGUUCAGGCUAAUACGAACGAGAAUGAGCCAUUACGUGAUUUAAAAGAUAAUUGGAAUUCAUAUUCUCGGCGCCCAGAGCAAGUUCUGUAACUCGUGAAUGAACUGGCUUUUCAACACAUGCGACGAAGAGACGAACAAAUUGAUCGGACUAGGUCGGACUAAUCGCGCAGCCUUCGUCUACAUGUUGAAAUGGUGAAAGAGGUUUUCUGGCCAUGAUCAUCUCCUGCAGCGAGUCGUGAAAAAGUGUACAGACUUUCAACUCUCUGGGCGGGACUCUGAAGUAUCUCUUUGAUAGAGGAAAGAAGCAGGUGUUAUGGCAGGGGAUGAUGACGAUCGGUAUGGUAGUGAUUUGAGGGACUCACCACCUGUACGGAGUCGAUCGUAUCAUAGGAGCCCAGAUGAUGAUGGGAGAGAGGGUUCUCCUCCCGAUAUUCGUGAAGGAAGGGAGAAUGGAGAUCGGUAUCGAGAGCGAAUGCCUCGGGAGGACGAUAGAAGCAAAGAUAGGAUAAGAGAAGACGGUGGUCAUCGAGAGCGGCGGCGACGAGAAGACCGGGGUGAUCGAGAGAGAGAUCGGGACCGGGGCGAUCGGGAACGUCGUCACCGAGAUGAUGGCGACCGAGACAGGGUCGAGCGAGAGAGGUCUCGACAUGAUCAUGAUCGAGAUAGGGAGCGGAGACACAGGCAUAGAUCACGCUCUCGGUCACAAGGUCGAUCCCGAGAUCGCCGUUCACGGUCUCGAUCAAGAUCUAGGGAUCGUAAAAGCAAGCGGACAAGUGGAUUUGACAUGGCACCUCCUGGUGCCGCUGUAGUGACAGCCUCUGCAAUUCCAGGUUCAAUGCUCAACCCACAAACAGGGGUACUACCAUCAACGGCUGCGGGUGCUGGAAGUGCCUUAUCAUCUCUAGGCCAGAUCCCAGGGAUGGGUCAACCUCUCCCUGGUGUCUUCCCGUCGAUGUUUCCUUUUGCUGGUGGGACACAGUUUGGAGGUCUAUCAGCCAUGCCUGUACAAGCAUUGACCCAGCAGGCUACAAGGCAUGCCCGCAGAGUCUAUGUAGGAGGGCUGCCCCCAAUGGCCAAUGAGCAGAGUGUUGCUACAUUUUUCAGCCAAGUGAUGGCAGCUGUCGGCGGUAACACUGCCGGCCCAGGGGAUGCUGUUGUCAAUGUUUACAUCAACCAAGAAAAGCGGUUCGCUUUUGUAGAAAUGCGAACGGUCGAGGAAGCUAGUAACGCCAUGGCGUUGGAUGGUAUUAUAUAUGAGGGAGUAUCUGUGCGAGUAAGGAGACCUAGUGAUUAUAAUCCAUCCAUGGCUGCAACUCUUGGCCCUAGCCAGCCAAGUCCGCAUCUGAAUUUGGCAGCCGUUGGACUUACCCCUGGGGCAUCUGGUGGUGCUGAUGGUCCCGACAGGAUAUUUGUAGGGGGUCUGCCAUACUACCUCAGCGAAGAACAGAUUAUGGACCUUUUAUCCUCUUUUGGGCCCUUGCGCGCAUUUGAUUUGGUGAAAGAUCGCGAUACUGGCAAUUCCAAGGGUUAUGGAUUUUGUGUAUAUCAGGAUCCUUCUGUCAUGGACAUUGCAUGUGCAGCACUUAAUGGAUUGAAAAUGGGAGACAGAACUUUGACCGUGAGAAGGGCGUCAGCUAGUGGUCAACCGAAGCCGGAUCAGGCUAACGUUCUUGUCCAAGCCCAGCAACAAAUAGCUCUGCAGAUCUUCUCUCAGAAGCUAGCACUCCAAGCAAGUGGGGCAAAUGCCGUGUCUCUUGGUUCGAUGGGAAUGGCUGCUGGAAUGAUUCCUGGUAUGGGUUCGAGCAUGAUGUCUGGUAUGCUACCCGGUAUGGGUGUCAUGGCUUCAGAAGUACCAACCAGAGUUGUAUGCUUGUCUCAAGUUGUUUCCCCUGAUGAGCUCAAGGAGGACAACGAGUACGAAGAGAUUUUGGAAGACAUGAAGGAGGAAUGCGGGAAGUAUGGUACCCUUACGAAUCUUGUAAUUCCUCGACCGAGUUCGUCAGGCGAGGAGGUUCCGGGUAUAGGAAUGGUGUUUGUGGAGUAUAUAGACACACAAGGAUCGGCGAAAGCCAAGGCAACCUUGCAUGGGCGUAGAUUUGGCGGCCACACCGUGAUCGCAACGUAUUACCCAGAAGAAAAAUUUACACAUGGUGAUUACGGAGGAUGAUAUCGUUCGGGUCGGAAUUCUUGUACACCAGAUCUUCUUUGGAUCAUUUAUCUGCCCUCUCUUCCGGAGCUGUUGUAAAUGUUGAGAUGUCCAUCCUCGAGAGCUUUUUUGUUUUUGUCCAAAUCUACGGAUGCGCCUUUAGUAGUAGCUCCUAUCCGUGCUUGGUUGGUUCAUCGUGGACCUCCAUUCUUGCUGUUGUACUUUUUUCUCUUCGAUUGAAGGAAACAAGCAAAACUACUUUUGAUGAAAGUAAACGAUCCACGUCCUGAAAGGUUAUUCUGCAGUUACGUAUUCCGAGUGAAGUUGAAGUGUUUCCAUUUGGUGUGUUUUUUUCUCUGCUCUCCAAGGAGUGACGAGGGAUCCCGUUUCUUCUGACCGGGCUUGAUGCUUAAUUUAGAGUUGGGUGUAUUUGUCUUGGUGGUCAGUCCCAACAUCACUGUUCUUGCAUUAUGUGCAUUAGUAUUCAUAUUGUAAGUCUUAUCUAUGAUGUAGGUUUUCCGUAGAAAGUGCGACUACCAUCUCAUGUCUAGAGUCGAAGCCAACCCGAUAGUGUUGGUUGAUCUAUUUGAGAUCUAUUAGAGUCUAUUUGAAGUCAACUAGAGCGGGAAUGUUGGAUGUGUGUACGAACUCAUUGUGCACGGAUUGUACCGUAUAUUCUGUCUUUUUGACUAAGGUGGACCAAAACCCUAUUUCAUUGAAAGUAAUUGUCCUGAGUUUAGAGUUGGAAGGUCAGCCCACGGCCAGAGCGGAUUUACUAAACUUAUGUGUGCAGAGCCGAAAGAGGAAAAGUUGAACGAUGAAGUCUCUCACACUAGUUUGCAGACUUUCUUCAGUGACGUGAUUCAGACCUCGAGAUUGUUUCAUAGAGCUGACGGUUUUCAAACUUUAGACAACGAGUAAGAUUCCUUGUGAUUCAGCACCAUGUCCAAGCUCUGGAGGUUUUAUAUUCCUUUGUCUCCCACGUCGGACAGUGACCAGCUACUGGAACCUUGUAUUCGGAAGAGCAGGGUGGAGGUUCACAAAAGGAAGGUCAAGUUAGUCUUUAGGGUCGAAGUAAUCGUUUUCUUUCUACAGCACUAGAAGAGUGUUUUUUAACCUUCUUGCAACUUGGCGUCCUUUCGGUUCUUACUUGGCUAGGCGUCGAGUUGUUUUUCUUGGUUCGUACGUAGACUGACAACUUAAAUACCGAGCUUGUGCGAACUUGGUUACCAUUGCUAAGUAAGUCGGAGUUUUUUUUCAACAUAUGUAUUUUUUCUAUAUGAAAUAAUACUUAAAUCCUU